AUGUCAGGCUCUUCCUGGCUCUUUCUCAGCCUUGUGGCUGUAGCUGCUGCUCAAAACCUCACUGUGGAAGAAGAAGCCAAGGAAUUUUUGGAGAAGUUUGACCUUGAAGCUGAAAAACUAUAUCAUCAAAGUUCACUUGCUUCUUGGAAUUAUAACACCAAUAUUACCGACGAGAAUGUCAAAAAAAUGAAUGAGGCCAAUCAGGAGUGGUCUACCUUUUAUGAAAACAUGACCAAGCUUGCCAAAAAAUUUGAACUAAAGCAAAUAUCGAGUGAUAAAGUCAAGCGUCAAUUGCAGGCCCUUCAGCAAAAUGGGUUAUCAGAAGAUGAGAACAAACGGUUGAAUAAAAUUCUAAAUACAAUGAGCACCAUCUACAGUACUGGAAAAGUUUGUAAACCUAAUAACCCACAGGAGUGCUUAUUACUUGCAACAGGCUUGGAGGACAUAAUGCAGUACAGCAAGGACUAUGAUGAAAGGCUCUGGGCUUGGGAAGGCUGGAGGUCUCAGGUCGGCAAGCAGAUGAGGCCAUUAUAUGAAGAGUAUGUGGACCUGAAAAAUGAGAUGGCAAGAGAAAAGAAUUACGAGGACUAUGGGGAUUAUUGGAGAGGAGAUUAUGAAAUAGAUGGGGAAGAUGACUAUGCAUACAGCCGCAACCAGUUGGCUGCCGAUGUGGAACGUACUUUUGAAGAGAUUACACCAUUAUAUGAACAUCUUCAUGCUUAUGUGAGGACAAAGUUGAUGGAUGCCUACCCUUCCCGUAUCAGUCCAACUGGAUGCCUCCCUGCUCAUUUGCUUGGUGAUAUGUGGGGUAGAUUUUGGACAAAUCUGUAUGAUUUGACAGUCCCCUAUGGAGAGAAACCAACCAUAGAUGUUACUGCUGCAAUGGUUGAGCAGUCCUGGGAUGCAAAGAAGAUAUUCAAAGAGGCUGAGAAGUUCUUUGUGUCUGUUGGCCUUUUUAAUAUGACUCAAGGAUUCUGGGAUAACUCCAUGCUAACUAAGCCAGAUGACGGCCGGGAAGUGGUCUGCCAUCCCACAGCUUGGGACCUGGGGAACAAUGACUUCAGGAUCAAGAUGUGCACAAAGGUGACAAUGGACGACUACCUUACAGCUCAUCAUGAGAUGGGACACAUCCAGUAUGACAUGGCAUAUGCCAAACAACCCUUCCUACUAAGAAAUGGAGCAAAUGAAGGGUUCCAUGAAGCUGUUGGGGAAAUCAUGUCACUUUCUGCAGCUACACCUAAGCAUUUGAAAGACCUGGGUCUUCUGGCACAGAAUUAUCCUGAAGACUAUGAAACAGAGAUAAACUUCCUGCUGAAACAAGCACUUAACAUUGUUGGAACUCUACCGUUUACUUUCAUGUUAGAAAAGUGGAGGUGGAUGGUCUUUAAGGGUGAAAUUCCCAAAGAUCAGUGGACGAAAAAGUGGUGGGAGAUGAAGCGAGAUAUAGUUGGGGUGAUGGAACCUUUUCCCCAUGAUGAAACAUACUGUGAUCCCGCAUCUCUGUUCCACGUUGCUAAUGAUUACUCAUUCAUCCGUUAUUACACAAGGACCAUUUUUCAAUUCCAGUUUCAAGAAGCCCUUUGUCGAACAGCUCAACAUACAGGUCCCCUGCAUAAAUGUGAUAUUUCAAAUUCCACUGCAGCUGGGGAAAAACUGCGCAAAAUGCUGGAACUUGGAAAAUCGAAACCCUGGACGUUUGCAUUGGAAAAUAUUGUAGGAGAAAAGAAAAUAAAUGCAAGACCACUGCUUGACUACUUUAAGCCUUUGUUUAACUGGCUGAAGGAGCAGAACAACAAUUCUUUUGUUGGAUGGCGCACCGACCGGAGUCCAUAUGCUGACCAAAGCAUCAAAGUGAGGAUAAGCCUAAAAUCAGCUCUUGGAAAUGAAGCAUAUAAGUGGAAUGACAAUGAAAUGUACUUCUUCCAGUCAUCAGUUGCAUAUGCUAUGAGAAGGUAUUUUUCAGAGGAGAAAAAGCAGACGACUCCUUUUGGGGUAGAGGAUGUGCACGUGAGAAAUUUGAAACCAAGAAUCUCCUUCAACUUCUUUGUCACUACACCUAAAAAUAUGUCUGACAUCAUUCCCAGAAGUGAAGUUGAAAACGCCAUCAGGAUGUUCCGGGGCCGUAUCAAUGGUGCUUUUCUCCUGGAUGACAACAGCCUGGAGUUUCUGGGUAUUCAGCCUAAACUGGAACUCCCUUCCCAGCCACCUGUCACCAUAUGGCUGAUUGUUUUUGGGGUCGUGAUGGGAGUGGUAGUGAUUGGUAUUGCCGUGCUCAUCUUCACCGGGAUCAGAGACCGAAGGAAGAAAAAUCAAGCAAGCAAUGAAGAAAAUCCUUAUGCCUCCAUGAAUUUGAGUAAAGGAGAAAACAAUCCAGGAUUCCAAAAUGGUGAUGAUGUGCAAACUUCCUUUUAG